AUUAAUGUUAGUGAUUAUUUUGUUAUCGGCAGAAAUUGCCAUAUCAUCAUCGAUUUUUUAAAUAAUUUUAAGACAUAAAAAGCGAUGGAAACUUUUUGUCCAGAAAGUCUUUACUCGCUAUUUAGGUGUUCCCAGAAGUUCUUACGAACUUAUCACAGAACAUUUAAAAGGUAGUCCAAGCCUCUUUCCGUACUAAUGUUGUUUGUUGGGCUAGAGCUGGCAUCGAGUCUCGUACCUCUGGGUUCUGAGCCAGAACUCGAACCACUGCGCCACGGCUGCUCUAAUCACUGCGCCACGUCUACAUAGGCUACAGCAACUUCCAAAAAUGUUUUCUGAAUUAUUGGGAAUAUCAGAAAAUGCAACUGAAAGUGAAAUUGUUGCAGCAUAUAAAAAAAAUGCCUUAAAAUACCAUCCAGAUAAAAACAGAAAUCAAACAACAUGGUCAACUGAAAAAUUUCAAAAAUUGAUUCGUGCAAAAAAUAUUCUUCUUGAUAAGUACGAAAAAGAAAAAUACGAUGAAGAACUAAUUAAACAAGGAGUAAGAAAUCCUAACGCAAAACCAUUACUAUGCGAUAUUUGCUCAAAUGUAGCACAUAGUUUUCAAAAGCGUUGUCUUCAGGGUCACGAACACAAAAGUCCUCAUUGGGAUGAAUUCAAAAAAGCUGAAAAAGAGUUUGAAAAAGUAAAAAAAGAAGAUUUUUUAGUUAGAUUCGAAAAAAAGUUGGAUGAAUGUUUGAAAUUAUUUAUCAACGAAAAACUUCAUAAGCUAGUACCUUUAAUACUUCGAAAAGAUCACAAUGAUCCUGGUGAUAAAGAAUUUAUUCAGAUCACAGAUUUACUUGAAUCCGAAGUAUCUAAUUACCUCGAAGCUUUUCUUUCAGAGAAUAUAAAUUCGAUUGCAAAAAUUAUUACGUCAGUAUUUUAUGAUAUUGGUUCUUUUAAUAGCGAUUACUUGCUCUGUGACAAUAAGAAUUUAAAAAAACAAGCGUAUGUUUUACUUUCAGGAACUCUGAUAAAAAGCUCAAUCUUUGACAAGUUGUCAAGUAAGCAACGUGUAAACGAUAAAGACAAUCUGUACGAUACAUCAGUUUUGAAUUUAAAUGAGCUAAAAAUUUUAUGCGAUUUUUUCUGUAUUACAUUUUCAAAAGGUGCAUCAAUUGACAAUUUAGAAAACGAGGUGAAACUAGUUUUGAACUUUGAAUCUAAAAAUGCACGAAUGCCAAAUUCCAACUUUCAAAACGAUUCAACAGAAUGCAGCUUUUGUCACAUCAAGUCUCGUUGGGGGAGUGCUUUCUGGAAAAAAUGCUAUUUAUGCUCGCAUAAAUUCUGUUCAAAAUGUUCAAAUAAUCUCGUUAAGUCAAAGCUUCCGUAUCUUGAUAUGGAAAUCCGAUGUAUCUGCAUUGAUUGUAAAAAAUGGUUUGAUGAGUUUCAAGCAGUUAAUUUAUUUAAUCAUGCAGUUAAGUCAAUUUCAAGCAAUUCAAUUUCUCUACCAACAUUUAUAGCAAUUUGUGACUUAUCAAAACUAAUCAAUCAUGAAAGAGCUUUUUGCUUGCAAAUCGAUACAUUUUUGGCUAAAGAGAUGCUUAAACUAAAAGAGUAUAAUCGGCUUUUUGCAUACCCAUUUUGCAAAACAUGCAAAGGAAUAGAAAAAGUGGAUAUUUUUAAGUUAUAUUUGAACGCCAUAUUUUUUUCCUUAAAUGAGUGCCGAACUUUAUCAUUAUCUAAAAAAAUCUCCUAUAUGGAAUCUCUGUUACACUGGAUGAGAUCUCAGAAAAAUACUUUUAGAGAGGUAGAACUUUUAGGAACGACAAUGAAAUCUGAGUUUAUGAAAAAGUAUGAAAUUGAGUUUGAAAUUCAUGUUAAUAUGUUAAAUGAAGAAAUUCACAACGCAAUCAAUAAAAACUCUUUACAAGAUUUACUUGAUCUUUUGUUAAUAUAUGAACAGGAUAGCCGAGUUCUUUUUGCCAGCAUAAAUAAACUUAAAGAAUAUAGCAAUAAAAUGCAAUGGAGUAGUAAAUCAAAGCUUUUGGUGGAAAUUUGCGUUGCGAUGACAACUUUUUCAAAAGAUCCAUUAAAAGGAAUGAAAUUUUUGGGCGAGGCAUACUGGAAAGGAUGCACGACCUAUUGUGAUGUAGAAGAAGAUAUAAAAUUUACGGAGUUUUUUUCUCACUUAGCAACGCAAAGCAUAGUUUCCAAUGCAAGAAUGAACUUCUUUAAAAACCUUGAGCAUAUUUCAAACAAAAACUUUCUUACCUGUCUAAACAUUGAUGAAACAGAUUUACUUAAUUUACCUUGUCUAAACAGCACCAUGAAUGUUGAUCACUUAAGUACAUCUGUUGCAAACAUUAAAAUGUUUAAAAAGUUUGAAGCUUCAAUAAACACGUUGUUUACAGAAAAAAAAUGGGAUAGCAUUGAUGUUGCUUUUGCAUAUUAUGACUUAAUUACAUCAUGUAGUACGUCAUCGCAGUUUCUGAUAACUACACUUGUUACUGCUCAAUGGUUUGCUAAAGCGAUGUCUAACACUCACAUGGAUGAAUCAAAAAAGUAUGCCUGCAAGGACAUGAUUUUAAAACUAACUUCACUAGCUGCCAGUUUGGCAUUUGAACUUGGGACCCAUGCUUAUUUACAGUUUUAUGCUGCGUAUAAAAUAUGUGCUUUACAGUUUUAUGCUAUAAAAAAUGUUGCAUAUGGUCUGGAACCCGAGGAAGAAGCUAAAUCCCUUUGUGAAAACUUAGAAUGGUUAGUCUGCAGUACCAGAGUUUGUCCCAUAUUGUCACUACCUAGUUUUAUUAACUCAUCUGAAGCACUUUUUUUUGACUUUUUUUCCAGAGAAGCUCAUUGUGAGUAUUUAUUUGCUGUCAUGUAUCAGGAAGAAACAAAAAGACAGUUAACAGAUGCUAUAUUAAGAUAUAAAAUAUUUGAGAAUCAUUUCAAUGGAAUUUGCGAAGUUGCCGAGGAGUUUGAAGAGGAAACUAAGCUUAAUGCUAUGAGUGCGUUGUUAAAUGAAAAAGGCUAUGACUGGGAAGGUGUGCAGCAACUUACAAAUUCUAACCUACUUCGUGUUGAUAAACAAGGUUGGCUCAAAAUUAAUCAAUCGCUUUUAGGUCCAGUAAAAAAGGAUGGAAUUUGCAGAGUAAAAGGUUUUUGUAUUAACAAAAAAAGUAAUGAUGUUGAUCUUAUUUUAGGCAAAUCAUUUUUAACUUCAAUUUUGUUAAGAAACCAACCAUUAUUGUGCUGGCAAGAUGUUGCUACUAGUAUUUUAAUGAGCAGCCCUGUCUGCGUAUUUAGUCUUGAUGGAAUCAACCAGAGAGAAACCAAUUACCACCCAUUUAAUCAGUAUUUUUUUAUGCCUGAAGAACUUGAUGGAACUGAGUUCCUUUCAACAUUGUUUCAUACUGAUUAUUUACUGAAGCAAUUUAGUAUGGGAGAAGAAAUUUCACUUGUUCCGCCAUUUAAACAUCGCUCAGUAUACAAUGGUCUUUUAAAAGAUCUACCUUAUGAAAUUCAAGAAAUUCUUAAGCCAAUUCAUCUCCGCGGGUUUUCAAAAAGUAGGGUUCAUCGUUUGUGGAUUCAAGCCGAUGAAAUGGAUUUAGAUAUCAAAGAAGAUAAUGAAAAAGUUAUUUACCUGUUCGGUGACAUUAAAAUGAGUGUGCGCUGCAUGCCAAUGUUUUACAAUGAUUGCGGUGAGCUACAAGAUCAAAAUGAGUUAGAUCCUAAUUCACCUGAAAGUCAAUUUGCGUCCGAUUUUACUAAAAACUACGAAAAAAUUGGGAAAUUUUUUCCAGAAUUUUUGCGCCUUAGAGAGCUAUGCAAAAUUCAGCGAUUGGGCCAACUUUUGGAUUUAAUAAAAGAUAGCAAAAUAAAAGAAAUCGAAAAUCUAGUUGAUCCGAACAAUGAGGAACUUAACAAGCAACUUAAGUCAACCUUAAGGCAAGCUAUUUUAGAUCAGAAAUCUCACUUGGAAAGUGUUUUUUCGAAAAUUUACAGUGAAGUUCGUAAGCAAGUGGUAUGGAUUAAUGAUGAUGUUAUAGGGCAAGUUCGUUCUUCCAUAAAUUCUCAGUUUGGUAUCUUGAUUUCUUACUCUGAUAUUUCAAAUUGGCUCAAACAUAGUAACUCUGAAAACAUUAUUAAAGAAAUUAUGCUUGUUAAAUCAGCUGAAAUUGAUCGGCUUCAAAAAAAAAGUUUUAAUGACCUAAUUAAUGAAAAGAAGAACCAAUUGAAAGCAUUUCAAGACAAAAUUGAAGAGUUAAAAAAAAUAUCAAAAGAAAAAUUGCUACCAUUAAAACCCAAAAACGGGUGUAAAUGGGUACCUGCUGUUUGUCACUCUUAUGAUGAACGAAUACGGUAUGGUGGAGUGUCGCUGUGUCCAAAAAUAAAGUUUACCAAUUUGACAGUUAACAACUGGAUGACAUCCGCUACUCAAAUCAAUGCACCUGUUAUUUCUAAAAUACAUACAAAUAUAUUCGUUCCAAAAGUUUUUCAGCCUUCAAUGUCAUUACCGCAAAAAAAGAGUUCUUCUCCAAUAGGUAGUAACUUAAAUGAAGUCAAAAACAAAAAGUGUGAUGGAAAAAACUCUGGUGGUGGAGGAGGCACUGGUGGAGGAGGGAAUUCUGGUGGAGGAGGUAACACUGGGGAUGGAGGAAAUACUGGCGAUGGAAAAAAACAUGAAAAUUUUUCGUAUCUUCCACAAGAUGUUUUGCCUAACUAUGGCGUUGUUAAAAUUAAAAGACUUCUCAAUAGCUUAGGUCUUGAUCAUAAGCGACAUCGUUUUAUCGGAAAUACUAGGAACUAUAUUUUGCAGUACGAGAAAACAGACACAAACAUCAACGAAGUUCUGAAAAAACUUGAAGAUCUUUUUCAGAUAAAACCACAAACAAAGGAUUCUAAAACAGGAGGAAAAAUCUGGAUAUUUCCAUUAAACUACGGCUUAACAAAAGAAACAGAGGUUCCAAGUGUCUCGUUUACUUUACGAGAGAGAAGUAGUGAAGGUAGACCAACACUUGAAGUGGCUAUAAAUAAUUCUAAAUACACAAAAGAUCAUGCUCCUGAUAAAAUCAGAGACAAAAUCAAUGGCCGACAUAUUAUAAAAGUUAGAAUUGGAUUAAAAAAUGAUAUCAAAACACAAUAAUUAUCUUAAUUUAUUUCUUCAACAAAUUGUAUCAAAUAUUUUUUAACAGUUUAAAAUUGUAAUUAGUAUUCAUAGAUAAAUGUAUUUACCCACGUA